AUGCAGUCAGCAGUGAUGAUACUUUUGGAACGGGCAUUAAAAGGAGGACUCGGCAACCCCAAAAUCAAUUAUGUGGAACCUCAAGUUGGACGCGUUCAAUGUAGUCUGCCUAGAGCUAUGUGCUCUAGUGAAGAAAAUCAUGAAACAAAACCACCAGGGGCUGAGAUGAGAAUUUUUCCUGAUGAGCAUUCCUGUGAAGAUUCUGGCAGUAAUAAGAUUUCAGCUGUUGAAAGUGAAACUAAGUGCAUUUAUACUAUAGAGGGGGUGUUGCCAUUAAGGACAGUGGAUCAUGUAGAAGUGGUCCAAGGACAGGUAAUGGAAGCUUCUGAGCAUCUUGUAGUUUUCUUUUGCAAGCUUGAGCCAGGCUUUUGUGUUGGUGAGUUGCUUGAGGAGAAUGUUGAUCGUGGGAUUCUUUUACAGAUGGACACAACUCCUGAUAUAUGCAGCAAUAAUCACAUGGGAAACUUUGGUUUUCUGCAAAACAAUUACAAUUCUGUGCAGGAUGAUUUCUCUGUAGUUUCUGCUGGCGAUCAUAUCUACAGUUUGUUCAACAUUGAAUAA